GAUACUGGGGUAAGGUGGAGUUCAGCUUUAAGGGGGAGUCUCCAGCCUUCCUCACCAAUCUUUAGGAUCUGACUGGAGAAAUACCAAAGGAUUCUUCUCCUUUCCCUGCUCCUUCUCUGUCCAGCUCCCUGGGCCAGCCCCUGAGCAGACCAAAGACGGGCAGAGCAGUUGCAAGGUGCUGCGGGGGACAUGCGGCGCUGAGGAGCGGGCUCGGCCCGGCCUCCGCCGCGGGGCUCAUGGGCGCCUUCUGAAGCCGGAGCGGUCUGGAUGAAGGCGGCGGCGGGAACAACAUGAAUACCUCGGUUCUCGCCCCGCUGGGAAAUAUUUCCGGUCACCUGAAUUUUUCGGAGAUGAACUCGCAGAUCUUGCAGUUUGAGGACGAAGAUUGCCACGUGCCUUUGGCCAUGGUCUUCACUUUGGCCUUGGCAUAUGGGACUGUGAUAAUUCUGGGAGUCUCUGGGAAUCUGGCCUUGAUCGUCAUUAUUUUAAAACAAAAGGAGAUGCGCAAUGUUACCAACAUCCUCAUUGUCAACCUGUCGUUUUCUGAUCUCCUAGUGACCAUCAUGUGUCUUCCCUUUACCUUUGUGUACACUCUAAUGGACCACUGGAUUUUUGGGGAGGCCAUGUGCAAGCUGAACCCUUUUGUGCAAUGUGCCUCCAUCACCGUCUCGGUCUUUUCUCUAGUCCUCAUUGCCAUUGAGCGCCAUCAGCUGAUCAUCAAUCCCCGCGGCUGGAGGCCGAACAACAGACAUGCCUACAUGGGGAUUGCUGCCAUAUGGAUUUUAGCCACAGCUUCCUCCUUGCCUUUCCUGAUCUACCACGUAUUAACAGAUGAGCCCUUCAGAAAUGUAACCUUCGAUGAAUAUAAGGACAAAUAUGUGUGCUUAGACCUGUUCCCCUUGGACACUGCCAGGCUGUCUUAUACCACAACGCUUUUGGUGAUUCAGUACUUUGGACCACUUUGUUUUAUAUUUAUUUGCUACCUGAAGAUAUACAUUCGGUUAAAAAAAAGGAACAACAUGAUGGACAAGAUGAGAGACAGUAAGUACAGAUCCUCUGAAACCAAAAGGAUCAACAUCAUGCUGAUAUCAAUAGUGGUCGCAUUUGCAGUUUGCUGGCUGCCUCUUACCAUCUUCAAUAUCGUGUUUGAUUGGAAUCAUGAAAUACUGCCUGUUGCUACCUGCAGCCACAACCUGUUGUUCCUGAUUUGCCACCUCACUGCCAUGAUCUCCACCUGUGUGAAUCCCAUCUUCUACGGGUUUCUUAAUAAGAACUUCCAGAGGGACCUGCAGUUUUUUUUUCAUUUUUGUCAUUUCCACUCCCGUGAGGAGGAUUAUGAGACUAUAGCCAUGUCCACCAUGCACACAGAUGUUUCAAAAACCUCUUUAAAGCAGGCGAGCCCCGUCACAUUUAAAAAAAUAAAUAGCGAUGACGAUGAAAAAAUAUAAAGAGGUAAUAAAAAUGCUACACCAAACUGCAAGAAGUGUGAUUGCAGGUGAAGUGUGUCCAAGGACAAGCACAAUUACAUAACAAGUACAAAAGGGUAAUGUUUUUCUUCCUUUACCAAGGAACUUUGAUUGUUGUUACUUUGAAAUUUUGCGCUGUGCAUUCUUGCCCCUUUUACUGCUUUAAUGUUCACAGAAGUUAUAUCUGAAUUUUAUUAUGAGACAUAGUCAGACCUGCUACUGCCUAUGGUUUUCAUCAGCCGUUUUUGUUCUGUUUUCUUUGUACAGUUCUGCACUUCAGCACAAAGGUUUACUUAUUGAUUUUUUUUUUUUUCAAAUCUGUAGUUUUCAGGAGUGUCCAUUUAUGACCAUUAGAAACAAUGUGAACCACAGGGACACUGUCAUUACAGAGGAUAUCCAUCAAAGAAUAAAAUUAGGAAAUUCUGAUUUGAAGAGGAUUUUUUUUUUUAAUUCAUCUUUUGAUCGACAUUAAAAUCCUGUGAAAUCAGUGUAGGUAUGCAAAAAAAGAAUUAUGUGAAAACUGUAGAAUAUGUUUAAAUGGGGACAUACAGUUGUCUCAUUCAAAGAGGCAAUUUAGACUGUAAUCACUUAGUUUCAAAGACAGGAUUAAGAAAGAAAUUCUGUUCUCAUUUACAAGAAUAAAACCCUACAGUAAUUCCACAGAGCACAAUGGGAUAACUGAUGCUUCAGCACAGAAAAUGAAAACAUAAAUGGGGCUUCAGUCCCAAAUGAUUACAGCUGGUUUUAAUAACACAGGCUUUUUAAUUUAAAAAAUCCAAACCCCAUUUUCAUCUGGCAUCACUGACAGGAGUUACUGUUACUGGGAUGAAAUGCACCAUCUGUUCCGAGCUUGUGAACCAUGUAAAUUCUCCUUGAGAUCUAUGUCCAGGAUCUAGAGGGAGAUGGGACUGUUUGCUGCCUGGACAAGGUGCAAUUCCAUCCUCACAGGUGACAGAGAAAUUCAGGUCUGGCAUUAAAAAAGUAAGACUGAGCUACCUCAGUCUUUUCAUCGUAAUUAGUGUUGAUCUAUAUAAAUUAUGUAUAGUGUCAUAAUACUUUGUGUUCAGAUGCAACGGCAUAAAGCUGGAUAAUCUCCAAGACAAAAGGAUGAUUUAAUCAAGACCUGCAAAAUUUAAAAGAAGGAUAUGAAUGUAGUUAGGGUAUAAUUGGUAUGUUUAGCUUCCAAACUCACAGUUCCCACAGUUGGUUGAAGUAUGGAAACUUUUGCCAAAUAUACACAAUAGACCUCUGUUACUGCUUAAAAUGUAUAUCCUCUAAUGACACAAAAUAUGGCCAGAUCCCAGUUGAGGGAAACCAUAUAACUUGACUGCUGUAAAUGAAAUUACAGCAAUAUCAGCCAGCUGAGGUUCUGUGUCAUGAAGUGUACUUUGCUAUAUCAUCAAUGUCUUUUUGAAUAAUCAGCUUUUUAAAAUACAAUACGGACCCUACUUUCUUUCAGCAAGGUCACUUUAAAUCAUUCUGGCAGACAAGAGGGUCUUUAAAAUGGAUAUUAAUGUAAAUGCAACAUAAAUGGAAAACUGAUGGGAUAUAUUUCUAAGCAAAAACAUCUCAGGAUGUUAUGGUGAAUUUAAUAUGCUCUAAAUUUGACACAGAUAAAUGCCUAAGAAACUAAAAUUGUUUGGGUUGCCAGUAUUUAAAAGUGAAACACCGUGCCUUGUGCUGUCUUAUAACUAGUGUAGAAUAUUGAAGUAACAAUGUGUUCUUGUGCAUUAUGAUUCCAUGUAUUUCUCUACUGGAAGAUAAUUUUAUUUAGAAGGAGUUUUCUGUGCUUGAGAACAGAGGCAGAAUGUAGAAAAUGAAUUAUAAGAUAGAAAGGUCUUUCAGAGCUUUGGCCUUUCGUAUUUUAUGAGAUUUCCUUUUUCUUUGUUCUUUUCCAUGGAAUGUGUAGUUAGUAACUUGACAAGGGUUUCCCAAAAUUAUUUCUCUCUCACUUUGCAACAACUUUCAUAUUUCAAAGGGUGUGUAUCUUCACAAUGAGAUGCAAUGUACAAAAACAGCCAUGGGGAUUUUUAUUAAGAAUGUCACAGUGGGUUUUCCCCAUUACAAAAGUCACUGUGAAAUUUAUGGCUUUUUUCCUCUUCUGUUUGUUUUUUUCGGUGGGGGGGUGGUGGUGGGUUAUUUUAUUUUUUUUUUUUUUUAAAGCACUUUUCUUUCAAUGUAGUGCAAAAAGAAAAUUUACUCAAUUGAGAAACUUUCCAGUUACUUUGCUGGAAAUUUUUGACCAAGGUGAAUUAGGUGCUUAUACGGAGUAGGUGUGGAGGAACUUCAGAGGAGCCUGCUGGUGCUCAGGGACCUGAACCAGGUGUGUCCUAAGGUUUGGAGGUCUCCAGUGGGAUAUCAGCGUAAUUCUUCCUAUGUCAGUAUUUCUCGUGCUUGAGGUACAGUCUCAAAUCGUGCAGCCUGUCUGACACUGUGUCAUACUAUCUCCUGAGAAUGCAUGUUGGGUGUUUUUUUUCCCACCAGCACCUGAUAAACAGAGCUAACUGCAGAUGGGAACAUUGCUCCUGCUCAUCCUUGUUAAGCUCAGGAGCACCUUUUUCCUCUGCACUGCUGUCCUAGGAUCAGGCUUCUUAUGUUUCCCUGAUUCCCUGCAAGAAGCCUUUCUGAGGCUCUGCUAAGGAUGCAGGUUAGUGCUUUGUUACACGAAUAGCACAGGGCACACUGCCUGUAAUGACAGUGGAAAUGAACACAGUGUAGUAGAGACUGUUCUGCAGGAAAAUGCAUUUGGAGAAUUUCAGAGGCAAAAUCAUGGCUCCUCUGAAGAAUUUGUUAUGAGGAUAGAGAUAAAAGUAGUCUCUCUGAGGUGCUGACCUAACAUCUGCAGGGCGUAGCUCAGAUCUACUGAGAGCAGUAUUUUUGUCUUUGGUUUCAUGACUUUAUGCUGGAGCUCUCCAAAGCUUUCCCCUCCCAACAGCCAGCUACAGUGCUGAUGCUCCUUUUCAUUUUCAGAGUUCCAACAUGGCUUGUCCUCUAUAUGCUAAAUUUCUUUACAGGAUAAGAUGACAGAUUUCGUGUUUCACUAUAAUUUUUCAAUCAUUCUGGAUUGAUAUUUAUUUCUUCUACGUGCUGUUUUGUCAAACGUCCCACACUUCAGCAUAUGUUGAUUUCUGUCUCAAAGCCUGAAGAUCCCUUUUAUUCUUUCCGGCUUGUAGAAAAGUUUUACUGACAGAAAAACAGAACAGUGAGUGAUCUAUAAUGUAUCUUAUUAUUUAUGUGUCAUACAUUCCAUGUAAAAUCUCCAGCCUUAAAUGACAAAUGUAACUAUUUAAUAACCAUCAGUAUUUUCUUUAUUUGUCAGUUGUUUUAGCAUCUUAAAUGUCACUUUGAUUGGCCACAAACAUUUAACCUUUCUGCAUAAUCUAAAAUAAACCAGCAUAUUUGUAUAUCAUGUUAAUAAAUGUCUGUGUUCCCAGUUUGCUCUUUUUUUAAAAAAAAUGGUUUUGUCAUUGUUACUAUGUAUAGUAGUUCACAACUUCCACAUCAACAUUGAAAAAGGAUAAUAAGAAAGGAAGCGAUUGACAAUAAAACCUACCUUUUGUAGGCUAGGAGAGAACUAGAAAUUAAAAAAUAUGUAUCUAUAUUUAUAUAAUCUACCCUGCCUUUAUGACCACAUAAAGAGAAAAGAUUAAAACUAGGAAAAGAAAUCAACAUGACAGAAGUCCCAAGGGACUCAAGCCGAUGCUGACUGCAUCUCAUCACUGAUGAAGGUGUGAAGAGCUGAAGGCUCAUAUAGUCUGACUCUGUGGUCUUGCACUACAGUACCAGCUUUUAUUAAUGGAUCCUAAAGGAGAAAUUUGAUGCUGAUUCAUAUUCAGACUGUGAAUCAGUAUAUGUUUCAAUCUAGGCCUGUAUAUCAAUUUCUCAUUUUGACCUCAGUGAAAUGUUCUCAGAUCAAUGAAACUGAGAAUUUUCUUACACCAUUUACCUAGGCAUUCUACUGAAUAAGACUGCUUUGCUGGCUGGCAUCUCACACUUCUUCCUAAAAAUCAGAUUUUGGAUAUUAGCUUUUUACAGAAAUAAGUUAAUGGCAGAUAGUUGUUUGGCUUUUUUUUUUUUUUUUUUUUUUUUGGAUUCUUCUCUGGAUUUUUUUCUCUGGCCCUUAUCAUGCUUCAGUUUAGAGCUUUCCUUCCUACUUCUUUGUAUCAAAGAAUUUACCAAAGCAGUGCAUAGAGAAUGAAGAAAAUAAGGAGAUUUUCUAUCUUCUCAUUUUUAAAGAAUACAAAACAGUAGGAAACAUGAGCUUAAAUAACAUCUUUGUCUGCAAGAGAUUAAAUUCAUUCAGUUGAGUGGAAAGGGGAGAGGAAUAAUAAUCAAAUUAUAGAUUUUGUUGACUGUCAUUUCUCAGUUGAAGGAUAUAUACAGCUCCAAGAUCUACCAUGCCUUCUUCAUUCUUGUGUUCCUUAAAAUGUGGUCUCUGCUGACUUAUUACUAAUUAGCCAAGUCAUUACUAAAGUUGAUGUGACAGAAAAUUUUUCUAUAUAGGUUUUGCAGAAUUUCAAAUGCUUGAGUAUAACAUAUAAGAUGAAAAAAUGUGAUCAGCUUUGCCUCUAACGCUUUAAUUAACCUAUGGUCAGAAAUUACUUCUAUACAGUAUUUCUGCCCAUGCAUAACAGUGUUAUUGGUCUGAUUGAAGUUGAUACUUCAGACAUUCAGGAAUGCAUUCACAAAGACAAACUUCAGCUUUCUUUCCUACGCUCCUCCAGCAGCAAGCCAAGGGCACCCACUUCUGCACUACUCUGGUGCUGUGUACUACCAAGAUGUCUUUCCCUGGGUUGUCCAUACAGCUGCAGAGUGCCAACACUGCCUGCUGACUACUGCCUCCCUUCCUCCAUCCUCCAUGCUGCUUCUGCUCUCACUUUGUAUUCCAUCCCCUUGCUGGCUGCUUUCUGAGGAAGCUGUGGGAAUUUGUACUCUGAUUUUGUAAAGUGCCUGAGUAAAUGAUAAAAUUCAACUCUAUUUAGGACAGUGCUUUAAAUAGUUUCUUUCAUUAAAAUUAUCUUCCGGCAAGUGUCUCAUAGGCAAGUUUCUCAAAAUUUAGAAGUACAUCAUUUACAAAGCCUGUGUAGGAAAUACAUCCAUACAGAAUAUCCAGCUUGUUGCAGCAAAACCGACAGUGCACACUGCCUUAUGUUUUCCAAAUAGCUGAAUUGAUGAUCUCGUUAUUUAUCUGGUCAGGCCUAGCUGCAAAAAUUUUCCCCAGGUGAAAACAAGAUUGAAAGUAAUGUACAGAAGAUGCUCUGCAUGGUUAACUAACUUGCUACAAAUUAUGCAACAUUUCAGAUAUACAGGGAAAUAGAGUUUGGAAGAGAGACAAAAAGCAAAAGUUCUAGAUGAAGUCUUGAUGCCUUCUGUCAGAAACAAAAAGACUCAAAUGGAGAAUCAGACAUUUAUUUAUUUUGGGAGACCAACAGUUGACAGGUAAAUGUGAGCAAAGUGGUGGUCAAAUAAUUAUGUAUGAUAAACAGGUUCUCUUCUCCCAUUUCCAGAAAAAGAAUAUGGACCUUUAUAAAUUACUCUGAAAAUAUAUAUUUUUAAUACUUUUUACCUUGGAUUAAUCUAAAUUGCUUUUUGAAACAAAGGAAAUGAAAUGGUUUUGGCACAAUCGAAAAAUAACAGCUUUUCAUCCCACCCACCCAGUGCACGGGAGUCCAUUUGCAUCUUCUGCACAAUGUGGAGAAGGUUUGUUUAUGGCAGGAGGAGUAACCUGAUCAACAAAGCCCUCCUUGUCUCUCUUGGCUCAUAUCCACACUGAUAUUGUGCUGCUGUUUUUCCUUCUGCAACCUUUCCCCCUGCCCCAGUCUCUUCCAAGCUAUGGAACUCUCCCAAGUUUUUAUUAUGCUGUUUAUGUUGUUUCUUAAUAAAAGCUGUCUGUGAAAACA